CCGCUCCCUCGACGCAUCAUCGAUCUACCAAGCCUCGGUGCGCUGAGGUGCCUGCACCACGGCACCUACUCCCUCAUCGCAGCAUCCGAUCGGCAUACGUUUAUGCAACACGCGCGCGUCCUUGACGUCGGUAACCGGCCACCCAUCGAGCGGCGCGGCAUUUACUCAGCCGCCUCGAAAAUGCGACGCGUUUUGCACCUGCUAUCUUGUGGCGGGGGUAUAUAGAGCCCUGGCGCACCCAGAGACAGCUCAUAUCACCUCCCUCCCAUUCGCCGUUUUCACUUCCUAUCACACCCUCUCACGACACCGCCUGCAAAAAUGUCCGCACAGAACGAGCUCGAGUUCAAGGGUUACGCGAUGACCGACCCGUCUGCGUGGUCGACCCUCUCCGUCACCUCCUUCCGGCCCAAAACUUUCGGCCCUGACGACGUCGAGAUCGCAAUUACCCACUGUGGUGUCUGCGGAUCUGACCUUCACACGCUUACCGGCGGGUGGGGACAGUCGCAUCUCCCACUUGUCGUCGGCCACGAGAUCGUCGGAAAAGUCACGCGCGUCGGUGCGAACGUGAAGAGCCUCAAAGCCGGCGACCGCGCUGGUGUCGGCGCGCAGGUCGGGAGCUGUCUCGACUGCCGCGCGUGCAACGACAACUACGAGAACUACUGCCCGAAGAUGAUCCACACAUACAACCACGAAUACGCCGACGGUGUGAUCACCCAGGGUGGCUACGCGACCGGCAUCCGCGCGCACGAGCGUUUCGUCUUUCCCAUCCCCGACGCGGUAGAGUCACGUCACGCCGCGUCGAUGCUUUGCGCCGGUGUCACCGUGUACUCGCCUCUCAAGGAGUAUGGCGCGGGACCGGGAAAGAAGGUCGGCGUCAUCGGUAUUGGUGGUCUUGGCCACUACGCCAUCCUCUUCGCGAAAGCGAUGGGCGCGGAGGUGUACGCGUUCACGCGCGGCACAGCGAAGGCGGAGGACGCGAAGGCGAUGGGUGCGGAUCACUGCAUUGACACGACGGUUGAUGGCUACUGGAAGGACCUCGGCAUGACGUUCGACAUCCUCAUCUCGACCGUCGACAAGUUCCCCGCGGGCGUGUCGAUCCGCGAGUUCCUCGGCAUGCUGUACGUGCACGGCAAGUUCAUCUCCGUGGGCCUGCCCGACGUCGACCAGCCGCUCCCCGCUAUCCACCCCUUCGACGUCAUGAUGAACGGCUCGCUCCUCGGUGGCUCGCACAUCGGCUCGAAGGAGGACAUGCUGGAGAUGCUCGCGCUCGCGGCGGAGAAGGGCGUGAAGCCCUGGAUCCAGGAGCUGCCGAUGAAGGACGCGGGCAAGGCGCUCGAGGGCGUGCAGGCCGGCAAGGUGCGCUACCGGUACGUCCUCCAGCAGGACAUCGCGCCUGUCGCAUGAGAGGUUCGGACAUACCCAGUUCCUUGAUAUCAUAGAUGCGCGCGCGACACAUAGACAUGUAGCUGUAUGACCCCCAUAGUGUAUACUUUUUUCUAGAGUCAUGGCAUACCACGUAAUGAC